AUGACCCGCGGGCACACUGGGCAUUUUAUCCAAGCAGUAUUAUGUACCAGCCUGUUGUUUUUGCUGGCACAUGUGUGCUUCCAGACUAUUCUGUACACUUAUCCUCCUCUCAGCGAUGCCAUAGGUGACAACUGCUCACAAUGGAACACCGUAACCAGGCAUAUAGGUGUAUCCAGGCUUCCACUGGAGGAUCCUUGGAGCGUUGUCCGCCUGCUGUGUCCAGAUCUGGCUGUAUUUGUGGUCGCCUUGCUAACAGUCAUCCUGUGCAAAACAUUGGUCAGAAACAGGAGAAUGGUUGCUGCUGCCAAUAUAACAUCUCUAGAAGAUGAUUCCACAGACAAAACCUCAGAUGAUGAAGACAAUGACGACGACGAGUGUGCAGAGGCGGAGGAGAUAUCGGGAGAGGAUGAUGAUGAUGAUGAUGAAGAGAGGUCACUACCUACUGACCCCGAUGAGGAGGUUUCCACAGCAACCAGAGCCAAACAGAUGGCGGAGCGUCUGAAAGUCAUUGCUCAAAAAGUUCUGCGGGACCUGGGGAGAAUCCUGGCUGUUGGCCUGUUGGCUUUGGCUGGCAUCACACUGCCCUCUGCCUUCUCCUCCGUUUACUUUCUGCUUUUCAUCGGAGUGUGCACCUGGUGGGCGUACCAUCUUCCCAUCAGUCACCUGGGUUUCAAUGCAGUGUUUGUGAUGGUGGGCUUCUUCACAGCUGGACACAUGGUUUGUCUCUACCUGUACCAGAGUCUGCUGGCCCAGGCCCUGUUCCCUCCACAUAGUCUGUGGGCCAGACUCUUUGGUCUGAAGGACAUUAUUAUACCAGGAAACUGCUCCUCACCGUAUCGACUCAACCUGAAUACUGAACAUGAGUGGCCUGUUUAUGUUAAUCCAGGAAUUCUGUUGCUCCUCUACAUCACCAUCGCCACUGUUCUUAAGACAGGAUGUCAUGGAGCUCCUAAAGAGAUGGUGGAGCAGCAAGACAAGGAGGAACAUGCAAGGGAAGAGAUGGUGGAACUCAUGUCAUGGAAUCCGAGCAAAAAAAACCAUGAAGAUGACACACAGCUGAUGACGAUGUCAGAGACCAGUGGAGUAGAAGCUGUGGCUGUGGAGCAUCAGUCAGACUUGGGUGCUGAUGGUGUCCCCACUGGCCAACAGACUGAGAGUCCAUUUUUCCUGCUCGCAAGGGUGGUCAUGCAGCAGAGCUAUGUCUGUGCUCUUAUAGCUAUGAUGGUGUGGAGCAUCACUUACCACAGCUGGCUCACCUUUGUCCUUCUGCUGUGGGCUUGUCUUAUCUGGAUGUUGCGUGCCAGGCGCCACGCCGCCACGCUGUGCUCGCCUUUCAUCCUGCUUUAUGGUCUAGCUUUGUGCUGCCUGCAGUACGUCUGGGCCAUGGAGCUACAGUCCGAGCUGCCCACCACUGUUGGAACCAUGAGCCUCAGACAGCUUGGAUUGGACAGGGCCCAGUACCCCUGUCUCCGACUAGGAGCCAUGCUUCUCUUGAAAAAUUUCAGGAGAAAAAAAAGGGAUUUCACGCCACUACAGGAAGUCACUGUUGAAGCAGAGAGCGCAGGUAAUGAAUCUGUGCUGAAAGUCUUCGGAUCAAUGGUGAUGAGCUGUCACGCCAAAUAUUGGAUCUACGUGUGUGGAGGGAUGUUCAUAAUGGUCUCCUUUGCUGGGAAACUUGUUGCAUAUAAAAUCAUCUACAUGCUGCUGUUUCUCGUCUGCCUCUGUCUCUAUCAGGUGUACUAUUCUCUAUGGAGGCGUCUGCUAAAGCUUUUCUGGUGGCUUGUUGUGGCCUACACUAUGCUAGUUCUCAUUGCCAUCUACACCUAUCAGUUUGAAGACUUCCCUCAGUACUGGAGAAACUUUACUGGCUUUACAGAAGAACAGCUGGCAGCCAUCGGUCUGGAGACAUUUGCUCUGACGGAACUCUUCACCAGUAUAGUGAUCCCUGGCUUUUUCCUGUUGGCCUGUAUUCUGCAGCUGCACUAUUUCCACAAGCCUUUCAUGAGGAUCACCAACCUGGAACAUGUUACACCAAUACAGCGGAAGAACAGUGUAAAGACACAUGAAAAGGCUUCUACUGAUGAGGUCUUUGAGGAGGAAGACAUGGAGACUCCUGCAGACGAGGCAUCGGAAGAUGAAGAGGAGCUGGUACCCAGUAAGUGGGGACUGGUGAUGGACCGGCUGCUGGAUCUGUCGAGAAGAUUCUCUGACAUUUUGACCAAAAUUCAAGUUUUUCUCUGGAGGCUUCUGGAACUUCACAUCCUAAAAAUUGUGGCCUUUUUCUCUGUGUGGGUGGCUGUUCAAGAGCCAUCAGUGAUGAACCUGGUUCUGGUCGUGUUGUGGUCCCUAGCGAUGCCCUAUAGUCGCUUCAGACCCAUGGCUUCCUGUCUGUCUACAGUCUGGGUGUGCGUCAUCAUCGUUUGUAAGAUGUUGUACCAGCUCAGUGUUGUCAGCCCUUUGGAGUAUUCCAGUAACUGCAGCAUGCCCUUAGUGAAUGAAACCAAGCUGUUACCUGAGGAGAAGGUGAACUCGUCUCUCUACAAGGAGCCAGUGGACCCAGCAAACUGGUUUGGCAUCAGGAAGGAUGCUACAGUACUUGGAUACAGUAAGAACCAUUUAGUUGUGCUGAUGUUGUUGGUCUUUGAGGCAACAGUGUAUCGUCACCAGGCUCAUCACUAUCGUCAGCUCCAACGAUCUCCCCCCACUGUCCCAUCUCUGUUCCCUGCGACCAUCAGAGUCACUCUGGACAAGGGGCUCCUACCUUGUUUCAAAUACUUCCUCAACUACACCUUCUACAAGUUUGGACUAGAGAUCUGUUUCCUGAUGACAGUGAAUGUGAUUGGCCAGCGAAUGAACUUCUUGGUGAUAGUCCAUGGCUGUUGGUUGGUGGCCAUCUUGGUGAAACGAAGACGUGCAGCCAUUGCCAAAGUCUGGCCCAAAUAUUGUCUUUUCCUGUCCAUCUUCAUGAUUUAUCAGUACCUGUUGUGUGUGGGUAUACCUCCUGCCCUCUGUAUAGAUUAUCCAUGGAGGUGGAAUGCGCCAGUGCCGAUGAACUCAGCUCUCAUUAAAUGGCUUUAUCUGCCUGACUUCUACACUGUGCCUAACUCCAAAAACCUCAUAGCCGACUUUGUUUUGCUGAUGUGUGCGUCCCAGCAGUGGAGGGUGUUUGACAGUGAGCACACGGAGGAGUGGAUGGUUUUUGGCGGGGAGAACACGGACGACCUUGAACCGAUGCAAGGUCGAUUGUUUAAUCCAGCACCUAACUUCAUCAACUGCAGGAGCUACCUGGACAUGGCUAAAGUGCUGGUAUUUCGUUACUUCUUCUGGUUUGUGCUGUCUGUGCUCUUUGUCACCGGAGCCACCAGGAUAUCUGUGUUCGGACUGGGCUACCUGCUUGCCUGCUUUUAUUUUCUGCUCUUUGGAACCCAGCUGCUGGUCAAACCCUCCCGAACCCGCCUGGCCUUGUGGGACUGCCUCAUCAUGUAUAAUGUGGCGGUUAUUAUAGCCAAAAAUAUGCUAUCUAUCCUGGCCUGUGUGUUUGUGUUUGAGAUGCAGAAAGAUUUCUGUUGGGUCAUUCAGCUCUUCAGUCUGGUUUGCACCGUCAAGGGAUACUAUGACCCCAAAUCGGUGAGUGAUAAGACCUGCAGCCUUCCUGUUGAGGAGGCUGGCAUCAUCUGGGACGGUAUAUGUUUCCUCUGCUUGUUGCUGCAGAGAAGAGUCUUCCUCAGUUUCUACUUCCUGCACGUAACAGCAGCUACUCUGACUCCAACUAUCUAUAAAUGUCUCUUUUUUACCCACAGGGGGUUUGAGCUCUUUAGAGCCAGUAUUGUGAAGAACAUCAAGUUCCACCAACAGGCUGAGAAGAGGUCUCUGUCUCAGCUAAAGAGUUCGAUGCAGAGAAUUCGCGCCAGACAACAAAAAUACAGAGAUGGACACAUCACAAUAAGUGAAAACUCCAGAGAUCCUCCAACUGCAGAGUCUCAAACCGAAAAAAAGUCUGGAAAGAAGAAAUGGUUCCAGCCAUGGCUGGAUCACGCUACAGUACUGCACUCUGGAGAUUACUACCUCUUUGAAUCAGACAGUGAGGAUGAGGAGGAGCUGCAGUCUGAAGAACAAAGACCACAGAAACAGACAGCCUGUCAGUUGGCAUACCAAGCCUGGGUGUCCAGUGUCAAAAAAGCUCUGCGAGACCGUCAGAAAAGGCAACAACAUUUGAGAAGGAUUGCAGCAAAAGAAGAAGAAAAAGACGGACAACAAAGAGUGGAUUCCAAACAGGAUGCUCUUUCUGUAAUAGUUUCUAAGGAUGAUUUGUCUGAGAGGCCGGUAUUUCAGGAAACCAAGGAGGAGGAAAAGGAGGCAGAGGAUGAGGUGUCCAGUCAUGGCGAGAUGGUUCAGCGCAUCUUAGACAUUCUUCGUUUUUUAUGGGCCAUAGUCCUGGCCAUGGUGGAUGGUUCGUCUCACUGGCUAAACUUGCUGACCAAGCAGUACAGAGAUAUAUCAUCAGUUCUUUGUACCGAACGUUACUUCAUUAUGCACAAAAUAAAGCAGCAUCAUACAGCAGCAGACUCUACAGAUGAUCAGAUAUCCGUGGACAGUGAGAAUCCUACCCUGGAGACGUGUUUGGACGAGACUGAUGAAACCUCCACGAGAUACAGCUGCAUGGAGCCGGGCAGCAGUGGGAUCCUGGGGGCGUCUACUCCCAGGCCACAGUUUAGCAGCACUGCCAAUCUCCUGAGUCCUGAACCUCCUACCAGCAGCAUUGAGCUGGUACCACAGGCAUUCAAAGAUGAGCACCGGCACUCCAGAACAGCCAGUGAGCUGCUGGGAGACAGACAGUUCUACAUUGAGGAGCUGGAACAGAGCAGAGACUUCUACAACAACCAGAACCGUCUGUUGAAGCUGCUGUUCGCCAUGUACAACCUGCUUGCAGCAAAUUCUGAGCUGGUGUGCUAUUUCAUCAUCGUGUUAAACAACGUGGUCAGUGCCUCUGUCAUAUCACUGGUCCUGCCCAUACUGGUCUUCCUGUGGGCUAUGUUGGCAGUGCCAAGACCAACAAAGAGGUUCUGGAUGACUGCUAUUGUCUACACAGAGGUGAUGGUGGUGGUGAAAUACCUUUUCCAGUUUGGAUUCUUCCCCUGGAACAGUGUUUACGAGAUGACUCUAAAUGAAGAUAAACCUUUCUUCCCACCUCGCAUCCUGGGUCUGGAGAAGACAGACAACUACAUUAAAUAUGACCUUCUUCAGCUGCUAGCCCUCUUCUUCCACAGGUCCCUGCUAAUGCGUUAUGGUCUCUGGGACCAUGAGGGCCCCCUUGAGGAGGAGACUCCUUUAUCGGAAAGCUGCAAAGAUGAAGGGAAAUCUAAUGAAGAAGAUAAUCCUGAAAGGACAGGAGGAGAAAAUGAAGAGCAAGUAGAGGGCAGGAUUACAUCUUCAUCCACCCUGGACAACCUUGAAAUGCCUGAAGAGGAUGGACUUGAGAUGGUUAAUGCAAACAAUGUUGACCCGGGUGUCAGCCUUGUUUCUGAAACGGCGCCAUCCCCUGACACCGCACCAGCACCUAUGGGGUCAAUAGAGGAACAGAACAUUCUAAGUUUUCCCAGCAUGCCAAUGGAGGAUCAGAGGGAGGGAAAAAGUGAACCGAUGAAGAAGGAAGUUCCAAAGAAAAGCAGUGAAAUUCGUUUUCGCAGAAAAUCCAAACGACCCAAAAAAGAGAGCAGCAAAGUUCAGCCUGUUCCAUUGAAUGGCACAGCCGAUGGCUCAGAGGCAGACGCAGAGAAAAAGAAGGAAAAGAAACAGAAAGGCAGGAGGGGAGAAGCUGCCAGUCAGAGACUGAUGGCUGUGGGGCGUAAGAUCAAACACACUCUCAUCUCUGGGAUUCAGAAAGUUUACAGGCCAACUCAGGACUUCUUCAGGGACAUCCUCCAUGCUGAAUAUCGGGCUGCCACUGAUGUUUAUGCCCUAAUGUUUCUGACUGAUGUCAUAGACUUCAUCGUCAUCAUCUUUGGCUUCUGGGCAUUUGGAAAACACAGUGCAGCCGCUGAUAUCGCCUCCUCUCUGUCAGAGGAUCAGGUUCCCGAGGCCUUUCUGGUGAUGUUGCUCAUUCAGUUCAGCACCAUGAUUAUCGACAGAGCCUUGUACCUGCGCAAAACUGUCCUAGGAAAACUCAUCUUCCAGGUAAUUCUUGUGUUUGGAAUUCAUCUGUGGAUGUUCUUCAUAUUGCCUGCUGUAACUGAAAGGAAGUUCAAUCAAAACUUUGUGGCUCAGCUCUGGUACUUUGUCAAGUGUAUUUAUUUUGGCCUGUCAGCCUAUCAGAUCCGGUGUGGAUAUCCCACCAGAAUUUUAGGUAACUUCCUUACCAAGAAAUACAACCACCUCAACUUGUUUCUCUUCCAAGGGUUUCGUCUUGUCCCGUUCCUUGUUGAGCUGCGAGCGGUGAUGGACUGGGUUUGGACGGACACAACUUUGUCUUUGUCAAACUGGAUGUGUGUGGAGGACAUCUACGCCAACAUCUUCAUCAUUAAAUGCAGCCGUGAGACAGAAAAGAAAUACCCACAGCCCAAAGGGCAGAAGAAGAAAAAGAUUGUGAAAUACGGAAUGGGAGGUCUUAUCAUUUUUUUCUUGAUCUGCAUCAUCUGGUUUCCUUUGCUCUUCAUUUCACUGGUCAGAUCAGUGGUGGGUGUGGUCAACCACCCAAUAGAUGUCACAGUGACUGUAAAGCUCGGAGGAUAUGAGCCUCUCUUCACUAUGAGUGUGCAGCAACAGUCCAUUCAGCCCUACACGGAAGACGAAUACUCGGCACUCACGAAAAAGUUUGCGGACAGUGCUGUAGCGAUGCAGUUCAUCACACUGUACAGUUAUGACGACAUUGUGACAGCCAUGAUAGAAGGGAGUUCAGGAUCAGUGUGGAGGAUCAGCCCCCCCAGCAGACAGGAGGUCAUUAAAGAACUACUUGGAAGUCCUGUUGACUUAACACUACGCCUGGCCUGGACUUUCCAACGCGAUCUGGGUAAAGGAGGCACAGUGGAGCACACGUUUGACAAACACUCAAUAGACCUGGAACCUGGAAACCCAGUCAGAGCGGAACUGGCUUCACUAUUGGUUGGCAAUCGCACAGAGCCUGUGCUUGUCCCUAACAUGUUCCCAAACUACAUCCGUGCUCCCAAUGGAGCUGAAGCCAAACCAGUUAAUCAGCUUUUUAAAGGUAAUGAAGAUGGAUACCUGAACAUUACUCUGUCUCUGAUGAAUGACAGGUCACUGAAUUACAGCAGAAAUCAGGAGUGGUGGGACAUUGCUAUUGCAGGAUGUGCCCCUUCCUCAUGUGGGGUACUGCCUAUGAUAAUAUUCAAUGACAAGGUCAGUCCUCCUAGUCUGGGCUUCCUGGCUGGAUACGGGAUCAUGGGUCUGUAUGUAUCUGUGGUCUUAGUCAUUGGGAAAUUUGUAAGAGGCUUCUUCAGUGAGAUCUCCCACUCCAUCAUGUUUGAAGAGCUGCCGUGUGUAGAUCGCAUACUGAAGCUUUGUACAGAUAUCUUCUUGGUGCGCGAGACAGGAGAACUUGAACUUGAAGAGGAACUUUACUCCAAACUCAUCUUCCUUUAUCGAUCUCCGGAAACAAUGAUUAAAUGGACCAGAGACAUCCAGAGCCGGGACUAUGACAGAUACUGACCCACAGAGCAGUAAUCUUCGGCUUUGGCAGAGCACACUAAUAUGUGAAGCACACUACGCAGACUUCCAGCAGAAGGCUUGUGGAAAGACUUUUUUGAUCCUUGAGGCGAUGUUGAUUUUCAAGGGCAAGACAUCCAUGAAAAUGGUUGGAGAACAGAACAGAACAGAAACCCCGUGGAACCUGUCCUGUUGAUGUUGCUAUGGUGAUUUCAUUUCUUCGUCUUACACUACAAAAUCUUGGGAGCGCUCUCCCUCUGUAGAUGUUACAGACGGCAGAUGAAGUUUCACAGGAUUCAACAAAUGCGUUCCAAGUCAUUAACUCGAGCCGAGCUGAAAGCAUAAAGGUCAAAUUGUAAAUGUUUGUUAUCACUGACCUUUGUGCAUUUCAGGCACAAAAGAGGUGUGAACGUAUGACAGAAGCCUGGCCUUUCAGAAAUACAGCUGGGGUUGCUCUAUCUAUAUGUCCGUUGAUGUAGAAGAACUCUAUGCCGUCAAUCAUGUUGAAAGCAAUUAUAUCGAGUCAGAUCAUUUCAGCGUAUCUUUAGUAAUUUAUUGUUCUAGUUUGACAUGAGAUGUUGCAUGUCCCAGAUUAAGGGACACCAGAUAAAACAAGUUAGUAAGAAAUCAAAGUAGUUUAUAUUGAGCUCCGUCUGAAGAUGUGAGCCUGCUACUACACAGAAUAACAAGAAGGGCAUAAACAUUUCAAAAAUAAAAUUCAAAAAUCUUCUAUGAGAUGUGCAAUGCAUGGGUGAUGGAUUUCAUUGUCCUGAAGGAGACUCAGGAGGAGACUUUAGGCCUGAGGAGACUGGUUGAUAUUCACUAUGUUCUUCUGAUCAGAUAUAAAAACUUGAGGAGCCAAGAUAAUAACAAGGAUUUUUAAAUAUUAGGGUAUUUGAUCAUUUUAAAUAUGAAACAAUGGAAAAAAACAAAAAAGACUACUGUAUGUGCUUGGCACAAAAGUACUAUUUCUUGAGUAUAUAAUUCUGAAAGGGGCUUGUUCUUAAUGUUUCAGGGUAAAAUGUUGAGUUUUGCAACCUACCAAAUAAAUGAACUGGGUUUUUAGGUGAAAUUGGAUAAAUCCCCACCAAUCUCAGGACCCAGAAAUCAACACAUUAUGCGCAAGUUAGACAUAGCCUUUCUCAAUCUUGAAUGUUUUAUUAAAAAUGUUUUGAAUACGUUUUUUGGGAGUAAUUCAGAUGUUUUCUGUUGUUUUUAACGUGCUAGUAUAAUGAAGCAGCUGAAUUCAUUCACUGUCCACUGUAACCUAAAUUCUUUGUUCUACUACUAUUUAUGAUGCUAAAAAUCAUCUGGUUUGUCUCCUGCAGAACAAACCAUUUCAAACACAAAACACUUUAGCCGUUCAAGGUUUCACUGGUAGGGUAAAACUGUUGAAGGAAUUCUAUUAAUAGCCGACGAAAGAAGCAGAGCAUUUUCUUUUCACUGAAAAAUGUUGUUUUUAAACUGUUUUUUAAAAUGUAGUUUAAUUUGUUUAUGUUGCACAGGACUUUAAUGAGAUGAUGUUGGAGUUGGAGCUGUUCUGAACAAUCAAACAAGAACGUCAACAACUGUCUUUAUCUAAGAUUCAAUCCCACUGACAGCUCUUGGAUAACGUAAACCACAUUGUAUAAAGAGCACUGCGAAGUUUAUUUUUUAAGACAGGACUCACCAAAACUAAAACAUAAAUAUUCGGUAUGCCCUUUGUUGAGUGGUUGAAUACUUUUUUUUCCUUGGUGUUUACAAACUGUCAUUUAAUAACAUUUGUCAUGAGUCAUGUAUGUGAAAUACAUGUCAUGGAUACAAUGGGAGCCCUGUACAUUAAUGCAAAAGAUUGCAGUACGCAAAUGUCUGUAAAGAAUAUCACAUACACACGUAACCAGACCUACAAAUAGAACAAUCUUAUCUCUAUGCACCAGCAGCUGUUUUAACUGUUGGUCUUUACAAUUCUUUAAAUUCAUAUUUCCUGCUUUGUUCACAUGUGCAAAUAUCUAGGGGAAUACAAACCAUUCAGACCAUAGAUUCAAUAAUCAGGACCUAAAAGUGGGUCCUGUAGAGUUUACACAUGUUCAGGUUACACACUCAAUGGUGCAUAAUCAUGAAUAAAUGUCUUAAAAGGA